UUUGAUCUACAAAUCAUAAGUUACAAGCAGCGCCUGCUCUGGAACUGCCCCUCAGCUUGACCGAUAAUCUCAAGUGUACCGAUUUCAUAUCCUAUCAUACCGCUUUAACUCUUUUGCCUCUCUCUCCGACUGGAACAUCUAUCGACCAAUCAUCUACCUUCACCGCAACUACUUCUCCUGGUUGGCGGGUUCCUGACAUCAACAGAAGAUCGCUGAUCAUAGCAAGCAAGGAACGUGACAAGCGCGUUCCUCCCCCCGCAACUUCACAAUGGAAUACUCUCCCCAAUAUCAACAACAACAUGGCCAACAUCCUGGCCACCCAUCUUCUCAUAUGGCCGGUCCCUAUCAGCCAACACCCCAAAACCCGGGUUCUGUGGGGUCGAUGACUUCUCCAACCAAUCCUCAAGCUCACAUGCAGCAAGCGCAUCCUACACACCAGGCAUCGCCUGUUGUACCGUCACAAUCGCAUUACCAACAGGCACAAAAUGCACCGGGCCCGAUGCAUCAACAAAUGAAUUUUCCCCAAUCAUACGGCGUCACAGCGGCCAUGCAACCGCAGCCGUACGGCAUAUCCCCAACCCAGGCUGCUGCUAUGGCCACCGCAGCCGCGUCGGGACAGUUCUAUCCCGUGCAUGGCGAUUCGAUGGCUGGUCAGAUGCAACAGGGCCCGCGCGGCUCACCACGCAUGGCGGGGGUACCGGUGAAAACUGACAGGAAUCCCCGAUCCCCUCCUCAAAUGCCUGGGCAGAUACCACCGAUGGGCACGCAGGUGCCGCUGCCUCCCGCCGCCCAGAUGCAGCAACGUCGCAUGAGCCAUGUGGGUAGCCCACACGUGCAGAAUGCGCAGCCAGUUCUCAAUCAUGUCGGUCGACCUUCUGUACCUCCUCCAAUGCCUCCUCCCCAACACCCCGUUCAACAGACCCAAGCAUCACCCGACAUGGUCCCCAGUGGUGCGGAAGAGUCUCCGUUGUACGUGAACGCAAAGCAAUUCCAUCGUAUUUUGAAGCGGAGAGUUGCCCGGCAGAAAUUAGAAGAGCAGCUACGACUUACCUCUAAAGGUCGCAAGCCGUAUCUCCAUGAGUCACGCCACAAUCAUGCGAUGCGCCGCCCCCGCGGCCCGGGUGGUCGAUUCCUUACUGCAGAUGAAGUCGCGGCCAUGGAGAAGAAGGGUGUCGGUUUAGGCCAGGAGAACGCAGAUCCGAAUAUGUCAAAAUCGCUGAGUGACAGCUCGCCUUCGUCUCAGAAACGCAAGACCGGUGCGCGAAAGGCCAGUACCAAUGCUGAUGAAAGCGAGCCCGAAUCCGGCGCGCCCUCAGAUGAGGAUGGUUGAACAAUGUGAUCCGGAUUGUUGAUUAAUACCCAUGGAGGAAGUUUGUAUUUCUCUUCGUUUCUCCUAUGUCUGUUUAUAUUGUCAUGCUGGUAUGAGGUCCGAUAUCACUUUCUCCAUGAUUUUCAGCUUUUCAGGAUUGCAUGUAUGAUGUGCUUAUGUUUUCGUUUGUCUUUAUUUUCUCUUCUUAGCGUGGUGGAUGAGCUUGAUUUCCUGGAUGGGUGACAUAGCCGAUACCCCUAUCAGUUCUCUGUACCGAACCCCAAUUGACCGGGCUCGGGAUUGAA